UAUUGUAGAAAACUCCCCUGCUGACAGGAACUGUCCAAUCACUCCUGACACCAUGGCCAACUCCUGCUGCUCCCCUUGCUGCCAGCCUUCCUGCUGCAGCACUGUCUGCUGUAAGCCAGCAUGUGUGACCAGCUGCUGUUGUCCACCCUGCUGCCAGCCCAGCUGCUGUAAAACCACCUGCUGCAAGACCACCUGCUGUAAGCCAACCUGUGUGACCAGCUGCUGUUGUCCACCCUGCUGCCAGCCCAGCUGCUGUGAAACCACCUGCUGCAAGACCACCUGUAAAUUUAUCCAUUAUGNUUGCUGUAAGCCAACCUGUGUGACCAGCUGUUGCUGCCCACCCUGCUGCCAACCCAGCUGUUGUGAAAUCUGCUACUGUUGGCCCUGCUGCUGCCAGCCCUGUUGCUGUGAGCCCUGCUGCUGCCCAACCUGCUUCAGCAUUGAGUAUGGUGUCAGCACCUGCUGUAAGCCAACAUGUGUAACCAGCUGCUGCACACCCACCUGCUGUAAAACCACCUAUUGCAAGACCACCUGCUGCAAGCCAACCUAUGUAACCAGCUGCUGCUGCACACCCAGCUGCUGUAAAACCACCUGCUGUAAGCCAACCUGUGUAACCAGCUGUUGCUGUACACCCAGCUGCUGUAAAACCACCUGCUGCAAGACCACCAACUGUAAGCUGUUGACCGAGGUUUUCUACCCUGCCCAGUUCCCAUAA